UCUUGGCUGCAGGCUCAAACAAUGAAUUAUGUGGGGCAGCUUGCCGAGACCGUCUUUGUCACUGUGAAGGAGCUGUACAGAGGUCUGAACCCAUCCACCUUGACAGGUUGCAUCGAUGUCAUUGUGGUGAGACAGCCCGAUAACUCCUUCCAGUGCUCACCUUUUCACGUGCGCUUUGGGAAGCUGGGUGUGCUGCGCUCGAAGGAGAAGGUGGUUGACAUCAAAAUCAAUGGGGAGCCUGUGGACCUGCACAUGAAGCUGGGCGAUAAUGGAGAGGCCUUCUUCCUCCAGGAGUCAGAGGAGAAUGAGGGAAGCAUUCCCUCCCAUCUCUGCACAUCCCCCAUUCCCAUGGAGGAAAGCCCCGAGGAUCUAGCUCAAGCCUCUCAGGGGCAGGAGGCCUCAAGCUCCGAAGUGACCCUGCGUAAGAGGAAGCGACGCAAGAAGAAGCCCAAGCAGAAGGAGGUGACAGAGUCCAAUUUAGAAGGUUGCAAGGACACUGAAAGUGAAAUGUCUCUGGAAGAGAAAUACAGGCUGCCAACCCCCAGUGAUUCAGUAUAUUUCUCCUUCACCGAUCUCCCCAAAGAAGAAUCUGGGUCCUUGCAGUCCCAGGAGAUCUACCCUUAUUCUGAUGGGGAGCUGGCCUCUGUGGACAGCUUCACCCUGAGCCAUCCAUCUUCUCCCAAAAGAGACUCUGAGCUGGAAAUCAGACUGCAGGAGAGUUUUGCUCUAGGGGCUGAAUCCCAUAUGCAGUGGGCCUGGGGAAGGCUCCCUCAGGUGAACAAAUCAGAGCGAGUUGAAUCAGCCAAGUCUAUGAAGACCACUGCUACUGCAGCAACUGUUGCAUCAGUGACACCAGCCCCCAUGGAUAUACCAACACACCUUGUUACCACCUCUGAAGGUUUAGAAGGUGGUCCAAGCCCAGCAAGACUGCAGGAUGCACCUUGUUCCUCUGCCCUGUCUGUUGUUGAGCCAACACCCACACCUCAGAAGGAGAGCAGCCCCCCCAGACUAAAGGACAUCCCCAGCACAGUGGGGGCUGAGAGCUUGUCAGAGCCUUCCUCAGCCCUGCAAGAGGAGCAGAGAGCUGAGAAACAGGAGGGAGGAGAAAGCAUUGUGCCAGAGGUUCAGCCAAACUCAAAGCUCUUGGCUGCUGAUGGAGAUGCUAGCCUGAGGCAGGCAGGUUCAGAGAGCCCAGAGCCCCACCUGGAAAGCCAGAGGAGAAAAGGAUCCAUAAAAAGAAGUCCUCACCUGGGUCCCAGUGAUGUUUACAUGGAAGACCUCAGCAGACUAGACGAAGAACAGGUGGCUCUCCGUUUCUCCGGGAGUGACACAGAGCAGAGUCCAAAGCCUGUGGCUGACCCCAGCAACCCUCUGUGUGUCCAGCUGCUGUCUGAUUUGCCUGCCGAGAGCCCUGUGGACUCUGACUCGGAUUUGAUGCCUGCAAUUGCACUGUCACUGUGUGGAGGCCUUGGGGGCAGCAGGCAGAUCUCUCACGAGAAGUUCAUGGAGCACAUCAUCUCCUACCAGGAGUUUGCUGAGAAUCCAGGAAUGCUUGAUGAUCCAAACUUGGUGAUUCUGCUCAACAAGAAGUAUUAUAACUGGGCAGUGGCUGCUCCCAUGGUCCUCUCCCUGCAGGCCUUCCGGAGGAACAUUCCUGAGAGCACUGUCAACCGACUAGUGAAGGAGAAGAUGCCCAAGAAAGGCAGCAGGUGGUGGUUCUCCUGGAGAAGGCGAGAACUGCCCAAAGAGGAGCCACAGUCGAGGCUGGGGAAGGCUGACGCAGGGAUACUGCAGCCAGACUCACCUCAGCAGAGGCAGGAGGAGGAGGUAUCGUCCAGUGAUGACGAGCCCCUGGAUUCUGGAAACCCUUUAACAAAGGAUGCCUCAGCACAGAAAUCUCUGCCGACCUACAAGAAAUCUUUGCGGCUCUCCUCCAAACAAAUUGAGAGGCUGAACCUGCAGGAUGGCCCCAACGAGGUGGCGUUCAGUGUGACAACUCAGUAUCAGGGUACAUGCUGCUGUGAGGGCACCAUCUACCUGUGGAACUGGGACGACAAGGUGGUGAUCUCAGACAUUGAUGGCACCAUCACCAAGUCAGAUGCUCUGGGGCACAUUUUGCCACAUUUGGGAAAAGACUGGACUCAUCAUGGGGUUGCUAAGCUCUUCCACAAAAUCCACCUCAAUGGCUACAAGUUCCUCUAUUGCUCAGCAAGAGCGAUCGGCAUGGCGCACAUCACCAAAGGCUACCUGAAAUGGGUCAAUGAGCAAGGCUGUGCCCUUCCCAAGGGUCCCAUCCUGCUUGCCCCCAGCAGCCUCUUCUCUGCCUUCCACAGGGAGGUGAUUGAGAAGAAGCCAGAGGUGUUCAAGAUCGCCUGCUUGAUGGACAUUCAAAACCUAUUUACCACAAAGCAGCCCUUCUUCGCAGCCUUUGGGAACAGAGUCAAUGACGUGUAUGCUUACAAGCAAGUGGGACUGCCGGAGAGUCACAUAUUCACUGUCAACCCCAAGGGAGAGCUGAUCCAGGAGCUCACCAAGAACCACAAGUCAACGUACGAGCGGCUGUCGGAGCUGGUGGAACUGAUCUUUCCUCCCCUAGGGCAGAAUGGGAACAUUGCUCUGGCGUGUCCAGAAUACAGCUACUUCACCUACUGGAGAUCUCCACUGCCUGUCAUUGACUUGGAAGACUUCUCCUGACACUGCUGCCUGUGGAGACCAGACCAAGGACACUCUCAUGAGGAUAAGGAUAGGCCAGGACUGGAUGCAACAGAUGCAUCUUCUCCCCCCAUAUGCUGCUCAGGCAUUUUGCACUUCUGAUAUGGGUCGUGUUCCGCACUAGAAACACUCCUUCUCAAGGGGCAAAAUGGGGGUAAGGGGAACUCUCACUUUAGAAAUAUUCAUUUACUAAAUUGACAUUUCCUAUAAGCUAGGUGUUUUCUUAAGGUUCUUAACAUGUUUAAAGCAUGGCUAUUUUUAAAGUGGUGGAUCACUGUUUUAUUUAUUGAUAGGCCUCUAGCAUAGCUAUUGCUACCUCCGGUUUGACUGCUGUUCCCAGACAGUCCAUCUACCUACAGUUUGGUAGCUGAUGGAGUGAAGCUGUCAUGUGGCUUAACUCAUGAAGGUGGCUGGAAGCAGUCAAGGUUU